AUGCCUAACGCUAGAAAAAAGAAAGCCGCCAAAAAUGAAGACUUCAAAAAAAAGAAACUCAAGGUGGGAAAGAAGAAGGCUCUUCCCGACAACUAUACAGACACUUCAUUUAAAUCAAAAAGUAUUAUUCUUCCCAAUCAAAGUAUAAAUGAAGAUAAAUCACAUGAGAUUACAACAAGUCGAAAUCUUACUUUGUCAGAUCUUGUUGUGCAAUUAAAGCAUUAUAACUCUGGAGUUAAAAAAGAGGCACUUUCUGGUUUAUUAGAACUUUGUAAUAGUCAUCCAGAACUGCUAGUUUCUUCCUUGGGUCAAGUUGUUAAUGGAGUCCUCAAGCUCUUUAUUGACGAUGACCGAGAAGUGAGGAAAGCAACAUAUAAUUUUUUAAAGGAGACGUUUAUAGAUAUUGAUCGAGUUGAACUUCAGCCAUUUAUGCCACUUUUAAUCAUCUAUACCUGUUCAGCCAUGACACAUAUCUUUGAAGACAUUCGUUUAGAUGCUGUCAAAUUGAUGAAUUUAUGGAUUCAGAUUGCACCUGAUAUAGUAGUGACCAAGUUUUGGGGACGUGUUACGGGCAACUAUAUGAGUUUACUUACUGUCGAUUCGAAUAACAUGAAUACAAGUGGCGGCAGUACUAAUUCAAUUGUAUCUACAUCAGGUACAACACCCAUCACAACAGCAAGUAUGAAGGCAGCUGUUAAUAAAUCACAUUUACAUAUCCAUAAAAAUAAGUUAAGUCUCUUGACGAGUCUUUCAAAUUUCUUGGAAGCUGGUCUUUCUGAACAAAGUAGACAUGACCCCUUUUGGUUUUUCUUGAAUUAUUUAGACAACAAUAAACAUACAAAGGAUGCGUUUAGGCAUAGAAUGUCACAGUAUUGUUCAGUAGACAAUCAACAAAUAGUAGAGUGGAAGGAACAUAAAGCAAAGAUUGGAUUUAUACCUAUACAUAGUAUGGUAAAUACCAUGGCUCCUUAUUUAUCAAAAUCAGCUGAAUUUGCUACAUUUUCACAUUUACAUCUUUUUGAUAACACAAAUACAACAAAUCAAAGUAAUAUGUCUACAAAUGAAGCGAUAGAUUUGCAACAUAAAGAGUUUAGUACUGAGGAAAGAUUAAGUCACAUUAAGCACUUGAUUGAGACAUUUCAACCUAUUUUGGUUGCCUCUUGGCUAGAAGCUGCACCCUCUGUCUUUAUGUCUGUGAGCACAAUCUCAUUUACUCCAGCACUUGAACUCUUGUAUGAAAUCUUAAAAUUGUCGUUAGUUUUAUGGAGAGCUAUGAUUGGAUCCGAGAAAAUUAAGACAUUAUCUAAGGAAUGGCUUCAUCAUCAUUUACAAACAUUGCUUAAGCAUUUUACUGUCUACUUUCCAUUUGGUGCAGAUUCGUUCGGUAAUCGUGGAGCCAAGGUGGAUGAAGUGUUGCAAUCCAUGAAUAUUAUGCUUUGUGAAUUGACAUCCUUGUUUUUAUUGGCGAAAGCCAUGCAACGAACUCACACUAAUAAUACACAGCAACGAAGCGGUAAUAAGCGUAGAAAAUUGGUACAAGAGGAAGAAGAAGAAGAUGAUGAUGAGUUUAAUUUACCUGAUUGGGCAGAAAGGGUAGUAGAUCAUGUCUUGGGAGUUCUUGGUCUAGAUGAUGCUGAAGGAGACAAGAAUAGGUUAUCAUCAAGUUUCAAAACAGAAAAUUUGAUUUCUUUAUUACCUGCCAUUUGGGGCUUUUUGAAUUGUCUAAGUUAUGAAGAGAGUAUCAGUAUGUUCAAGGCUACUCUUGGGUAUUUUCAUUUUUGUCAGCCUACUUCAUCAUCCAAACGAGUGCUAUUAGACUUUAUUAUACGUAUUUAUUUGAUCCAAUCUACGCCAAGUUAUAAUGGACAAUUUACUAUUACAAAGCAUUCAGAACUAGCCAAUAUAUUAACAGAUUGGGUGGGAAGUCUUCCCAAGAUGCUUUGGCAAAUACGUUCCAAUCAUGUAGAAACAAGCAGGACAAUUUUAAAUAUUUUAUGUGAUAUAGUGAAGCGUGGUGACAAAGAUCUUUUUGAAUUAAGCACAUUAUUAGAGGUUGAAACAAAACUGGUGCCUUUCUUUUUUGUCAAUCUUGCCAAGGGACCCCUAUAUGGGCCCUUUAAUGAUUUACCUGCAGAUGUACAACAGCGUGCGCUCGAUUAUGUAUUCUAUUUAAAUAGUGGAUCUGAAAAAAUGGCGUCUGCCAUUGAACAAUGUAAAAAACAACAAGACAUUACUGUUAAAUUAUAG